UUCUCCAGUUUCCUUCUUUCUUUAAUUCUUCUUAUACAGAGAAAUGUGUUUUGCUCAUGAUCUCUUUUUUUCACUUUCUUUUAUUUAAUAAUCAUCCCAUCUUCUUUCUUUUAUUUCCACAAACAGGCCCCUCUCUUCCCAACUAAUUCCCCUCUGUGUUUUAGUCUGUCUGAAGUCGUACUUGCGGCCGUCCACGCUAUCGUGCGCCGGCGAUGGGCGUACGGCGCCACCGCCGCCACUGCUUCCAUUUCCGCUUCUGCCAUCGCUUCCUCAUCACCGCCCUCACUUUCCUCUUAUUCGCCUCCCAAAUCAGUGGGAAAGAGAGAGUGACGUCACUGGACCGGGUUUUCGCGGUGCAGAAGAGGCUCGCCGGGCCGGGUUCGUCGCCGCCGGCGUGCAGAUCGAAGUGCGGGAGGUGCUCGCCGUGUAAACCGGUUCACGUGCCGAUCCAACCCGGUCUGAGCAUUCCUCUCGAGUACUACCCGGAGGCGUGGCGGUGCAAGUGCGGGAACAAGCUCUUCAUGCCUUGAAAACGACGUCGCUUCCCGGCUAAAAGCUAAGCUAUGCUAAUUUUACGGUCAAGAAAUCGGACG